UGUAUAUAUGUGUUUUAGGCUUUUGAAUAUAUUUAUGCUGGAAAUAUUGCGUACUUGGUCUCUUUCGCUAUUUCAAACAUACGAAGAUGAAUUGCUGCUUUCCGCCUUCAGGAAAAAAUAUCAUUAUUAGGUAAGUAUAAUUUCUAUUUGUAACAUGUUUAAGAAAAUUAUGUUUACAACUCACUAUUCUUCGAUAUUUUCUAGUACAUUGGAUGUUGAAUUGAAGAUACCAGAUUGUAACAAAUGCGAGAAAGGCAUGAUUGCUGUUAUUUCCAACUUCAAAGGAGUUGAAUCUUAUACGAAGGAUACAGAGAAUCAAAAGGUUGCGGUUUCUGGAAGUUUUGACCUGGAGAAGUUGUUGAAAAAACUCAAAAAAGUAACAGGCGGCAAAGGAGUGGAGGUUGUGAAGGAAGAAGAGAAAGAUCCUGAACCUGAAAUAGUUGAGGUUGUUAAAGAGAAAGAUGAAGAAACUGAAGUGGUUCAAGAAGUUAAAACAGAAGAGAAUGCACGACCUGAAGUGGUUUUCGAACCAAACAGUGAUGAGCAAAAGGAAAAAGAGAAGUACAUGCUGUUCAGUGACGAGAACCCUAACGCCAAGUGUACUAUUUCGUAAGCGUAGUUUGGCAUUUCGUUUUAUUUCAUUUAAUAUCUAAAUCAAUUAGAAAAAAGUUUCUAGUCGAGAGUUUCUAGAAUGACAAGUUUUGUAUUUCUUGUUCAUUCACUUAUUAUUUCCCAUCUAAUUGUUCAAGUUAAAAAAAAUAUGAAUUUUUGUUUUGUUUUUGUAAAUCGUUUGUCUUGAGCCGGUUUUUAAGAAUGGAGGUGUAAUUUGAAAAAGAAAUAGUGAAUGUAAGCAGGUUUAGCACAUGUUAUUAAUGUGUCUGGGUCGGACCGUGGCUCAACGUUGAGGAAGGAAUUAGCCCGUUUACCGGUUCGACCGACUGUCUAAUUUAUCAACACUCCUUGUUCCAACUUCCCAGACAUCUCAACCAAAGGUUUAUAUGAAAAACAGAUGAAAAUGUAUUCUUUCGAUUUCUUUUUAUAAACAAAAAAACAUAAUUAACUAUUUAACCAACCAUAUUUCAACCAAAUAGAAAAAACAUUGCAAAACAUAAAAAAUUAUAUAACAUCAAAAUUAGUAAAUUUUAUAUUAAAAGCUGAAAACGUCCUAUAAUUAAAAACAAUUUUUUUUUUCUAAAACGUUAUCUAUUAAAAACGGAGGGAAUAUUUGAUUUUUACAAAGAUGUUAGAUAUGGUUGUACAGCUCGAUCUCAAUCACACACACCCCUUAACAAAGUUUACAUUACAACUAAUCUUUGCACACACAUUGUCUUUACCAUCUCAGCCAAAUGACUUCCUUCUUGUAUAUGUUUUCC